AUGCACUUGACAAGCCUUUACCUGUAUUGUUGCCUCUCGCUCUGCUUGACAUGUCAAGCUCAGUUCAAUCGUUUCCUUCCACGGCAAUUUUCUCCCUAUGUUAGUGCAAUCGCCUCCUUGAUUGGCGGCAAUGGAUUCCUCGAGGCAUCCUUCGGCGCCGUACAAGGCCUUCUCGGCCGCGACCAAGAGUUCGACUUCGUGGUCGUAGGAGGCGGCACGGCCGGCAACGCCAUGGGCUACCGCCUAGCAGAAGCGGGCUUCAAAACGGCCAUUAUCGAAGCCGGAACCUUUUUCGAGUUGUCCAAGCCCGGUUUUGCCACCAUCCCCGGCCUCGAUGUCCUCUUUGUCGGUUCCGACAGUUUCGAGGCCUUGUCCCCGGCGGACUGGAAGUUUCAGUCGACGCCGCAGCAAGGCGCGAAUAACCGCAAGUUUCAUAUCGCUCAAGGAAAAUGCGUCGGCGGCUCAUCCGCUUGGAACUUUAUGAUUCACCACAGAGGCCCCAAGGGCAUGUAUGAUCAAUGGGCCGAGGCCGUCGGAGACGAUAGCUACAAGCUCAGUAGCUUCGAGAAAUUUUACAAGAAAUUCGCGACAUUCACCCCUGGGAGCACCUCGAAACGCCCAGCCGACACCUUGUCUCCGUCUGGCGGAGCUGACUUUGCUGCUGCUGGUCAAGGCGGUCCCGUUCAAGUCAGCUACACAAACUUUGUCUCAGACUGGUCGAAGUGGCUGCAAAAGGGCCUGCAAGCUGUCGGGCUCAAGAGGACGGAUGGGUUUGAUCGCGGUGAUUUGUUGGGCUAUCACUACACCGAAACGACCAUUCGACAGUCCGACGCAACCCGUAGUUCGUCUGCUGAAUACAUCUAUGCUGCGAAUAAGAAGAAAAUGAGUAAUCUCAAAGUAUUCACUAACACUCAGGGAUCUAAAAUCGAAUUCGACAGCAGCAAGAAAGCAACUGGUGUCAAGGUGCUCUCCGCAGUUGGAUCCGAGUAUACCAUCAAGGCGAAGCGAGAAGUUAUCGUUAGCUCUGGCGCCUACAAAUCACCACAACUCCUCAUGCUCUCAGGAAUAGGGCCCGAGGACACACUCAGCAAACAUGGAAUCCCAGUCGUUGCGUCGUCGCCCGGAGUCGGCCAGAACAUGUGGGACCAUAUCUUCUUCGGACCGUCGCGCGCCGUCAAGUUCAAGACUAUCAAUUCCAUCUUGCAAAACCCAAUCGACUUGGCAAGCGCAGUUGGCAAGUAUCUCAUCGGGCACGAGGGGAUUCUCAGUUCAAACGGCAUCGAGAUGGUCGGGUGGGAGAAACUGCCGGCGCAGCUCAGGGGCAGCUUCUCCGAGGACACCAAGCAGCAACUCGGCUGGUUCUCAGACGACUGGCCAGAGGUGGAGUUUCUCGGGGGCAACGGGCAUAUAGGGACAUUCGGGUCGCUCCUCAAACAGCCGUUUGACGGGAAGCAAUACGCUACGCUUCUGGGCGCCCUCGUCGCGCCGCUGUCCAGGGGCAACGUGACCAUCUCGUCCACCUCUGUCCGCGACCAGCCCGUCAUCAACCCCAACUGGUUGACUGCAAAGGCCGACCAAGAAGUUGCGGUAGCUUUGUUGAAGCGCCUGCGAGAAGUGUGGGCAACCCCUGAGCUGCAGUCCAUCUCGAAUGGCCCCGAGUACUAUCCAGGCGAGAAGGUCAAGACCGACGAGGAGAUUUUAAACACCGUGCGAGACUCGCUGAUGACGGUGUGGCACCCGGCCUGUACGUGUAAGAUGGGCAAGAAGGAAGAUCCUAUGGCUGUGGUUGACAACUUGGCGCGAGUACAUGGCGUUCAGGGUCUGCGCGUUGUGGAUGCGAGUGCUUUUCCUAUCUUGCCGCCAGGACACCCGAUGGCGACGAUUUAUGCGUUGGCGGAAAAGAUUGCCGACGAUGUUAUCCGCACUGCCAAGCAGGGGUAG